ACUAAACCCCGGCUGCAGAUCCUCGCCACUAUCAGUGCUUAUGUCUAAGACAGCCUAUCUCACCUGCGCCUGACAUAUGUCUCAUUUGUGUCUCAGGUUUGGGAAUACUUUCAUCAAAUCUAAGCUUGCAUAUCAGCUGGUUGUUCAGCUUUAAAGGCCUGCGUUUACCGAUUUACGAUACUUCCCGAGCCGCAGAAGACUCGUAUUCGCGACACUCCAGUAUUCUAUUCCCACAUCCUUGGAUACCGCUUUUAGAGCCAUGAAUCGAAGUUACUCACACCACGUUCCGUUACAUUCCAGCUCUCAUACUAUACAAGUGUCCCCUCCUCGUCGCCCGCGACCCUCCGACCAUGUUGAGUCGUUAGAAACCCGAGGCGAGGAACGAAAACGUCGUCGUCUGAGUAGCUCUAAUGUAGCAACUAGAGAUGCUCAAUCUGCACUGGAUCAACACGAAGAUGACAUUGAAUCCAUUGAUUUAACAGAGGCGGAGGGUCCCCCAGCAUUAGCGAAGGUGUUAGCGAAGCAACGGGAGGACGCUGUUAGGGCCCAACAAUCCGUUGAGCCAGCGAAGGGGCAAUCAAUACUAAACUCAUAUAAGUGUCCUGUAUGUAUGGAUACACCGGAGGAUGCCACUAGUACAAUAUGCGGGCACCUCUUCUGCCACAAAUGCAUCAUCGAUACAUUGAAAUUCAGCGAAGAACAAAGAGCAGAUACCUCUUCAAAAGGUCCUCGAGGGACCUGCCCCGUGUGCAGAAAACCUCUUGCACGGAACGACUCCCCAGGCCCCAAAAGAAAUCUUGUACCUUUGCAACUCAAGCUCGUUACGAAGAAGAAGGAUACAACUGUGCCGAGUAAUGUAUAAUUCCGUACGCCAGCUCUGUGCCAUGUGGGAUGAUACCGAACCCACCCCCCCGGCAUUGAUGUGCGGAUUGUUGAACGCAUAUGUUGCACAUGGCUAUUGAGCGUGGUGUAUUAUCCCAGCGACCAGGAAACCUCUUGGUUUCCGAAGGUCUCUUACUUGACUGACGACAUUCUUGGUCAUAUAGAGAUUUCUUCUCCAUUCAUAACAGCCCCGCAGAAUGGAACAUUACCAUAUAGUACUACGUAUAUUGGAAACGUCCUCAUAUACCAAGCUCAGCUGUUAAUGAUUGACGACGAUGACAUUCACAUUGGGAGAGUAUUGUAUCUUAUAGAUAAUAACUAAGAAGAAGUGACGCUAGGCUAGGACAGUUGGCAGUUAGUCGGCCUUACGCGAAACACUUAAUAAUCAGACAAAGGUUGUCCUAUCAACAUAUCUUGCAUGAGGCAUUAAUGAAUUAUGAGAGCAUGAGCGGCAUUGGUUCAUUUCUGCUUCUCUAACUCCAGAGAUUAUCGUUCUGUGUUCUCACAAUUCAUUUUAUAUUAUUUUUCUU